ACCAUUCAUAAGACAAUACUUCAAAUCGAGAAAGCUCCACUUCCUCUUCCUUCCUCCUACUCCAUUUCAAUUCCUUCCUCGUCUCCAAAAUCCCUUCUUUUUUGGUCCGUUUCGGCGGUUUAUAGCGUCGCAGCGGCCGCGGUAGAGGGCGCUGCCGGCAGCGGUCGGCCGUGGUCUGCAUCGGAGCGGUCUUCUUAGGCGCCCGGGUUCGUUGUGCGUGAUUCGUUGGAACAUGAGGAGCGGGUCUCGUGAGACCCCCCGCGCGCUCGAGAGGUAUGGUUCAUGACGAGAGAGGUUGAUUUUGACUCCGAGUUUGGGGAUUGCUGGAUCGUUGCGGGACGAGGAACAACGCAUUAUCCCUUGUCUUUUGGACGCCAGUUUCAUGGCGGCCACUAAACGGGCUUACAAGCUACAGGAGUUUGUCGCUCAUUCUUCCAAUGUGAAUUGCCUAAAGAUUGGGAGGAAGACGUCAAGGGUCCUUGUGACGGGAGGGGAGGACCACAAGGUCAAUGUUUGGGCUAUUGGAAAGCCCAAUGCUAUUUUGAGCCUAAGUGGCCAUAUGAGCGCAGUUGAAUCGGUAAGUUUUGAUUCAUCAGAGGUAUUGGUUGCUGCUGGUGCAACUAGUGGGUCAAUAAAAUUGUGGGAUUUAGAAGAGGCAAAGAUUAUUCGCACUCUAACUGGUCAUAGGUCAAACUGUAUAGCGGUUGAUUUUCAUCCAUUUGGUGAAUUCUUUGCGUCUGGGUCACUAGAUACAAAUCUUAAAAUAUGGGAUAUGAGAAGAAAGGGAUGCAUCCAUACCUACAAGGGCCAUACAAGAGGGAUUAAUGCUAUUAAAUUCACCCCUGAUGGCCGAUGGGUUGUUUCUGGUGGGGAAGACAAUAUUAUAAAGCUAUGGGAUCUUACUGCUGGAAAGCUUUUACAUGAAUUCAAGCUCCAUGAGGGUCAAAUUCAGUGUAUUGAUUUUCAUCCUCAUGAGUUUCUGCUGGCAACAGGUUCAGCUGAUAAGACUGUUAAAUUCUGGGAUCUCGAGACUUUUGAAUUAAUAGGGUCUUCUGGGCCUGAGGCUUCUGGUGUACGUUCUAUGACAUUUAAUCCUGAUGGGAGAACAUUCCUCUGUGGUUUGCAUGAAAGUCUGAAGGUGUUUUCUUGGGAACCAAUAGUAUGCCAUGAUAAUGUAGAUGUGGGAUGGUCUAGACUAUCAGAUAUGAAUGUUCACGAGGGAAAACUUCUUGGAUGUUCAUACAAUCAAAGUUGUGUUGGCGUAUGGGUUGUGGACCUGUCUUGCAUUGAACCAUAUGCAAUUGCUAGUCCUAGAUUAAAUGGUCAUUCAGGCCAAAAGUCUACAUCAGAUGAUAAUCCAUCUAUGCCAGCUGAUAACAUAAAGUCAAGUAUGAGGAGAUUAUCAAUAUUACAAAGUUCUGAAACAAAUUCUGAGACAAAAUCAUUACCAGCAACAGUCAGUGCUCCAGGUACCCCUCAAAGAAUUGGGGCAUGUGCUAGCACGAGAGUACCUCUGACAGCACCAGCAUCUGUUUCUUCCUCUGUAAAAAGAAGUUUAUCAAAACUUCAGUCCACAUCCAACCUUCAGACCAACAAAGCAGAUAUAGUACCGGUGAUUGUUCCAAGAGAUAGCUUGAGGCUACAGUUGCCUUCUGAUUGUACUAAGGACUCUAGGGUUGGCAAAACAACGCCAUUUGAUAUCCAAUCAAAAUUUACUGAAUUUUGGAAGGUGUCAAACAUCAAAGAGAAUACAGAUAAAACAGAUAUAUCCAUUCAGUCUGGAUAUUUGAGUAGUAGUAAUAUUGAACAAAAUGAAUUUCUGGGCCAAACUCCUGUUUCUUCUGGCAAUGCUGGAACUCAACGUGUGUCAGCUGAUGAAAAUCAUCUGGAUGGCAUUAAGAAUUUGAUUAAAGGAAGGAUUAGAUCUAAUUCAUUCAGAGAGCCACGUUUGCACUUUGAACAGGAAAAUUUUAAGAUUAGAGUCAAUAAGCCAAAGGAAGCAUUCUCAUCUGAUGUUUCACGACGAGGAAGAGCAAGGUCACUUGUAAACUGUGAGGGGAUGGAACCUUCCCCAAGCUAUGAUCGGCCAACAUUAAGCAGUUCUUCCGAGAUAACAGUUGUUGCUCGCUCCCCCUACUCUUUGAGAAAUCACAGGCAGAAUACUGAAAUUGAAACUCUACCUACUCUAUCUGCUUCUGAUGAGGAUUCUAUAGAAAUUAUAUUGAAGAGUCAUGACCAAUUCUUGAACUCGACACAAUCUCGAUUGACCAAAUUACAGGUAGUGCAGCGGCUUUGGGAAAGAAAUGAUGUCAAAGGUGUCAUCAGAGCACUUGAAAGAAUGUCUGAUCACAGUGUUUCUGCUGAUGUAUUAUGCUCUCUGAAAGAUGAAAGCGAUAUCAUUACUCUGGAUAUCUUCACCUCUCUCCUACCACUUUUGACUAGUCUUCUUGAAAGCAAGAUGGAUAGGCAUUUAGGUGUUGCCCUGGAAAUGUUGCUGGAGCUUGUAAGGAUAUUUGGUCCUGUAAUCCAUUCAACCGUAUCGGCAGGUCCAUCUGUUGGUGUUGAUCUUCAAGCAGAACAGAGGCUGGAAAGGUGCAAUUUAUGCAUCGUUGAGCUGGAAAAGGUCAAGCAUAGUAUUUCUUCCCCGAUGAGAAGAGGAGGGUCUAUCGCGAAGAAUGCACGCGAGCUGAAUCUUGCUCUACAGGGAGUUCUGUGACUAACAAAUACCUGUGACAGUCGAAUUGUCAUUCUUGUUCCCCAUAGAAAGCUGGUUAUUUAGCUGCUCAAUGGGAUCCCUAAUAGAUAUGAAUGAUGAAGCUAAACUCCCCAAGUUUCCUAAAUCUUAUCGUAGCUAUCAGCUAAACCAAGUUUCAUUUGACUUCUACUGGAGCACACUACAGGAAUAGAAAAAUAUUUCCUUCUCGCUUCGAUGGAGUUGCGGAGAAUCCAGCUCUCGAGCUAUUGCUAGCAGUGUUGCUUUCCUCGGUUGUAUGAGGUUCUUCGAUUUCCUUUGUUAAAGUACUUUUGUUCUUAGAGUAGCUUUUAUUCUUUUAGAAUCAGAUGAAGUUGUUCUUUCUGUCAUACAAUGGUUAUGUAACAUUAGUCGUGGCGCCCAUGGAAGGAAGCUUUGUCUUGAAUUUGAAGAACAUAUGUUGUCAAAUGUGAGGCUUAAUACUUUUUAUUAAGUAAAACUUGUGUACCAAGGAAUUGUAAAA